CCCUCCCGCGGCGGCGCCCAGGUUUGGUUGCCGCGCCAGUUGCCAGGGAGGAGACGGCGCGGCGGCCGGGCCGAGCUGCGGCAGCGCCCGGAGCGGAGCAGCCCCGCGGGGAUCACAGCUAGCCAUGGUCCCUAAGUAUUCCAUGAUGGGCCCUUUCAGAGGACACAUGUGCAUCAAAAGUAGUCCUUUUUCCCCUGGAUCCUCCUGCAAUCUGUCAAGUCAGUACAUCAUUCAAGAUCACAUGGCUACUCAUUACAAGAAAUUGCUGUCUGCCAAAGCUGCUGUUGAUUCAUCUGCACCAAAGAGUUUGCAUACUAGCAUUAAAUACAGGGAUCAGCAGAGGAAAGACAGACUAGUAAAAGCAGUUGAAAAAUAUAAGAGGGAAAUCAUGCAAAUCCUUUUCACUCCACCAUUUAAUGCCAGGAGCAUUUCUGCAGAUCAGCAGAUGUUGCCACUGUCAGAUAAGAGCUACAUGCACUUGGCAUUUGUUGAGAAAGGAUGCUCCAUUACAAAAAGAGAACAUCUCUCUUACAUACCUUACCAGAAAUCAUACUCAAGGAUUCCAUCACCAGUUUUGGCUGCGAGAGAGACCAUACAUGAAAUUGUUCAGCAAGCAUCAUCUCAGACUCCGGCUGUUAGACCAACUCGGUGCAAGUUAUCUUCACCAUAUAGGCAGUCUCACUUGCACGUGAUGGGUAGCAACAGGAAGAUGACGUUUCAAGAUUCUUAUAAGAAAACAUACAGUGGUGAUCUCCUUGACAAACAUUCAGACUGGUUCACAGAAAAAAAGCAACCUUUCACCCCCCAAAUUUUAAAGACAUCAAGUCAGUCUUCUCUUUCAAAGUACAGGUACUAUAAUCCUCCCCACAAAAAGAUGAACCAUUGCCAGGGAAGACAACCCCUUAAAUCAGCUGCAGCAUACAGUCAAAAGCCAAGCAAAUUUUACAGUUCCUUAGAAGAGGGACAUCUGAGAUCACAUCCAGAUUACUCUACAUGGCAACUGCUUAAGGUUGUUGUAUCCAGUCUGGUAUGAAGUAAAAAAAUACAUAUAUGGCACCAAUAUUUAUAUACAAAAGCUGUCCUCUUUCUAUAUCCAGUGCCAUUUUAGAGAUUGAUACAGAGAUCCUGGUUUUUGGUGUUU